ACGCUCUUCCCUGCCAGAGAGCUCGCUUCGUCUCUUUCGACUGCCGCGGUCGCGUCGCGAUUCGACGGUGCCCUGCCAUUGCAUUAACCCGGUCAAACCCUUCGCCUUCCCAUUCCCAUUUACGCGUCGAAUCCUCUCAUGCAACACACCCCACAGAAAGCGAAAGAAAAAAAUAAAAAUGAUACCCGAAAUCGACCAUUCCUUGGAAAAUAUUAAAGGAGCCCUCGUCCUUGAAAUUCCAAGGUGAGGUGGACAUUGCGGGCGUAUGGUGGGAGGGGCAUUCUCGGAAGUUCGUGGCCGGCUCUUUUCGUAUUUAAAAGUCUAGCUAUAGAGGCAGGGGCGGAGGAUUGGGGAAAAGAGAAAAACAGGGAAUCGAGAACAGGAGCAAGUUCGAAUCAUCAUCAUCUUCGUCAUCAUCCUCAUCGGCCUCAUCAUAACACACGCCUGCGCAGAGGGAGAAGCGAAGGACUGCUCGGAAGAAGGAAGAUGGGAGACGUCUUGCUGUUCGUGGAUGAUCUGCCGUCGAGCUCCCCGGUCCCUUACUGCAGGAUUUGUCACGACGCGGAGUUCGAGAGCGAGCAGAGCUUGGAAGCUCCUUGCGGCUGUUCCGGGACCGUCAAGUACGCGCACAGGGAUUGUAUACAGAGAUGGUGCGACGAGAAGGGAAGCACGACUUGUGAAAUAUGUCUCCAGAACUACGAACCUGGUUACACGGCAGCGCCUUCGAAGAAGUCUCAAUUGAUCGAAGCAGCUGUCACCAUCAGGGAUAGCUUGCAAGUUCCGCGAGCCGAGCCCGAACCGCAGAGCCCGACGAGCUUGGCCCCCGGAGCGCCGAUCGAAGCUGUCUACUCCGAGUGCGCCUCGGCCGCCGACCGGGGCGCCGCCUGUUGCCGGGCAUUGGCUCUCACCUUUACGGUGUUCUUGCUUCUAAGACACAUGCUCGAUGUGCUGUCCGGCAGACCGGAAGAAUACCCUUUUGCCCUUGUCACCGUUCUUGUUUUGAGAAUGAGUGGAAUUGUUGUCCCCAUGUAUAUAUUGAUUCGGACAAUCACAGCAGUUCAGAACAGCAUCCGGCAACGUUACCACGUUGUGGGUGAUGAAACUCUGAAUGAUGAAGAAGAAGAUGAGGACGAUGACGACGAUGAGGACGACGACGACGACGAUAGUGAUCGGCGGCGUCAACACAUAGUUUGACUCUCUUGUUGAUAUUCUGGCAAUUUUUAUUUUUUGGUUCUUCUUCUUCUUCAUUCAUUCGGUGUAAUAUAUUGAAUUGCUGCUCUCAUUAUUUUGUGAAGAGCUUCCUCGUGUGAGAAUGAUCAUUAAUUAAAGAGAAGCAGAGAAAUAAAUGUAACUUCAUUCUUUUAAUUGA